GAUGUCUGCAGUUUCAGUUUGCGGCUACUAUGCCAGAAAGUCUUUUGACUUCUGUUACUAGCAAACGUUCGCAACACUCGUUCCAAGUCCAGCGUACUAAACAGGCCGUUUUUUGGUAGCCACCUUCCUACAAUUCUCCGUCAUAACUUUUAAACUUUUCGGGUUGCCCGAUUGACUCUCAUCGAUUGGUGUGCGGAGCAUACACACACGUUCCGACGCGUUUGCCUCCUGUGUGCUCUGACUCGGUCGGCCACUCGUGUCGUUAUUUCGGUGUGUAUUAUUGCGCGCUGCUGUGUUGAGUAUAGAGCUCGUCUCAUCGUCUUCAUCUCUUGUCCAACCAGGGGUCGUCCGUGUGCUCUGAGCGCUGUGCUGCUACGCUACCCUUGCCUUCAAGUGCGGAAGAUCAAUUUAGUCAUAAUAGCGAUACGCACAGAAGCGUUCGGAAGUUAUAUUGCAUCUGCGAUAUUAUUAACUCUCACACUUUUUUCAACUGUGCUGGAGUCCGGAGCGUCUUUCUUUACGCAGGAGCUCUUCAGGAUUUGCCAAUAGUUUUUUGCUGGUUUUAAUGCUACAAAGUACUACGUUUGGUGCAAUAACACCCAACUAGUUGCCGAAGAAGAUAGUCUAAAAGCGACCAAGUGAAAUUAAAUGAAUAAUAUUAAGCUAACGAGCGAUACCAGUGCACAUAAAAUAGGAAAUUGUGAUAAAAAGUGUAGUAAAAAGUGUUCAACCUUUAGCUGACAACGAGUGCUUACGUUUGAAUAUCAAUUCAGAGGGAAUCCGGAUCGUUGACCAGAAGAAACUACAGCUUCGAGAGGGUUUUUCGGCACAGUUUCACGUACCAGUCCGCUGGGUGUUGAUCGUUUUAGAGAUUGACGGAUCCGCAUGUUAUCGCGCUUUGUGGUGACUAAUCCGAAGUAAGCAGACUAUAGAAAUCCAAAGUUUAUAGAAAUCAUUCAUUCUCACACAAGAUUUAAAACAAACAAACAAUCAACAUACACCAAUUUAAGUUUUCCGACAAAUUAUAAAAAAUACAACACAACAACCACCUUCACCGUUACUUCAACUACUGUCAACAACAACACCAAUCACAAACAUUCAAAAUGUUCGCCGUGAUGCGAAUUGACAAUGACGACCGUAGGUCCGAUUUUCGUCGCAAGAUGCGGCCAAAGUGCGAGUUCGUGUGCAAGUACUGCCAGCGCCGCUUCACCAAACCGUACAACCUGAUGAUCCACGAGCGCACCCACAAAAGCCCAGAAGUGACGUUCUCGUGCGAGGUGUGCGGCAAAUACUUCAAACGGCAGGAUAACCUUCGCUCCCACAGAUGCAGCCAGUGUAUUUGGCGAUCGAUCCAUACAUAUGGAAUGAACGGUAACAACAACAACCGAGCGUAUUGAGCACGCAUCUGCCAAUAAUUUUAUCACUGUUUAACUAUUAUUUAAAAUUAAAAUCAUUGAAUUAAAAAAAAAAACAAUCAAAAUGAAUCAAAUCCUACUGAGGAAGCGAAGAAAUAAUAAAAAUCAAUCAUACGGAAUAGCAAACACAUUUAAGCGCACUAAACUGCACUAUAUAGAUGAGGAUGAAAGCCAACAGAAUCAAUUCACUAUAAAGUAAGUGAGCGAGAAUGCAGUGAGCUAGCAAAGAAAAUGAUGAAAAUUGUAAAUUUACGCGUUAAGACAAACAAAGGAGCCGAUCUUAAAAGUUAAACUUUAAAGACCAAUAAUCAAAUGAAGAAAACUGAAACUACUACUAAUUAUAGUUAUUUUAAAACAUUAAGGUUGUACAUAGCUCUGCGAUUGAGAAUGCUUUAAACUUGUUUUAUUAUUUUGUUUCUAUCAUCUAUAAUGAAUCUGAAGGUAGAAUAGACGAUGAUCCUUCGAGCGAAUUUUAAGCGUAAUAAUAAAUGAUAACUUAGUAAGUUUCAAAUAUGAUUUUUCGAUCAACUUUAGAAUGUACAACUAAUUUAUAUUCGAAAAUAAUUAACCUUAUAUUAUCAAUUAUCCUAGCUUUCAGGUAUUCUACAAAUAUUUUACGGAAAGAGAGCGCAAAGUGUCCCAGUAAAUUUGUAAUUAUUAGAACUACACGAUAGUAUAUAUGCCACUAAAUUUUACUCCCUGCGAUUUACUUCUCCAUUUUCUUUUUUGAUUCCAAACAUGAAGCAAAAGCUUUUUACACCCCUAAAAAUGAUGUGACACUUUUUGUCACCCACUUGGAAGACUAGACUUCAUAAAUAAAUAUCCAUCAGCCAUCUUAACAACAAAAGCGAAAAUAUAUCGAUCAGGACUAUUCGAACCGAAUGAAACAGAGAAAAGAUCAAGUAAGUAGGGACUUUUUGACCUUUUCGAUAGCGUUGAGCACACACUUGAAGCGAAUUUCUUUUGGGUGUCCUGGCUGCCGGUUGACUACCGGUUUCUAACCACAAAUGGUUUUCCUAGGAGCUAGUGGCAUAGGUUUCCUUUUCUUCACACCAGCUUCCACAACCGUUCAUCUGGAGCCAAGCAUCAUAACUUAUAUUAGAAUAGAUUCUAGUCUACCUUUGAAAACGAACGCGAACAGAGAACGAAUACCGGAGUGGAAAGGGAAGCAAAUUGCUGCACAGCGACAGAAAGAGCUGAAAAUUCUGAGUCACCGAUUCUUUAGAAAGUCACAUAUUUUUGAAAAGAAGUGUAUCAUUCAGAUUGAGUAUGCUUUGUUCGUACUUUAUUUCAUUUUUUUUUCGUUGAACACAAAAACGGUUCAGUGCGGUUUCCCAGGAAUCGUAACAUAUCGCAUCUGUAAUUGGUGUAAGUUUUUCCUGCACACAAUAGCACUGACGAGAUCACGAGUGUAUGCACUUUUAUUUAUUUCUCCAAACUAAUGAAACUGCUAGAACAUGGCAUUGCUAAUAAAACGAUUGAGCGUGAGAUCAACCAGCUAGAAAUAGUGAUGGUCUAAUCUAAACAGUGAAGCUGAGCAGUUUGUUGUUUAAGGUAUUAUUUUAUCUUGUAUUGUGAGGACACUACAAUGUCAAUACUUUGCCCCAAGUGAAGCAUGAAUGGUGAAAUAAAUGAAACCUUGAAUGCUAA